ACAUUAAUUUAGCAGAUGCUGUUGUCCAGAGCGACUCACAACUUAAGUGGACUCACCUUGUAUGUUGCAUGAGCAACAUUUCUAGAACAACACUCCCAGGCAAGAGUGUAUAUGCGUAUUUGCAGAAGGACUACUGCAAGCCAGCUAUGCUAACAAAAAACCAGAAUACACAUCCUGAAUAUAUGAAACAGCAUUUAGCAAGUACUCUAAUCUAGAGAAUCCUUUUUUACAUACAGUCCAUUUAUACAGAUAAAUAUUCAGAAGAAAUUCAGGUUGCGUACCUGCACAAGAGUUCCCAAACCAAAUAUACUACCCUGCUGCCUCACACAUGCAUAUAGAUAACAUAAAAAAAACAUAAAACAUAAAAAUAAAUACCAUAAUAACUCGAAUUACUACAUGCACUCAUGGUGGACAAUCUCACCCAUGAAAGCAGUGACAUUCACCAGUCACCCAUUUUGCUGAGUGCAGAAUGAGUUUGCUGACGGUGAGCACUUUUUUUUAACGCGAGACUGUCGCUGUCUUCCUCACAGUUCCUGUACAUGCAGGACGUCCUGCAGUGGAGGGCCCAGGCAACCCCAGAUCACCCUCUAUUCCUGCUGCUCAAUGCCAAGGGCGCUGUGGCCAGCACUGCCUCCUGCCUGCAGCUGCACAAGCGGGCGGAGCGCGUCGCCGUGGCGCUGAUGGAGCGGGGGAGACUGAACACGGGGGACCACGUGGCUCUGCUGUAUCCCCCAGGCAUCGACCUCAUCGCCACUUUCUACGGGUGCCUGUACGCGGGCUGCGUGCCAGUCACUGUCAGACCCCCCCACUCGCAGAAUCUGGCCACCACCCUGCCCACCGUCAAGAUGAUUGUCGAGGUCAGUAAGUCCGUGUGCAUCCUGACCACUCAAGCAAUAAUGAAGCUGCUCAAAUCCAAAGAGGCCGCAGCCGCCGUGGAUGUGAAGACAUGGCCGUUGGUGCUAGACACAGAUGACCUCCCCAGAAAGAAGGCCCCGCAGCUCUACAAGCCUCCCACACCGGAGAUGCUGGCCUACCUGGACUUCAGCGUGUCCACCACCGGCAUCCUAGCAGGAGUGAAGAUGUCCCACGCUGCCACCAGUGCCUUGUGUCGCUCCAUCAAGCUGCAGUGCGAGCUGUACCCCUCCCGCCAGAUCGCCAUCUGCCUGGACCCCUACUGCGGCCUGGGCUUCGCCCUCUGGUGCCUGUGCAGCGUGUACUCGGGUCACCAGUCCAUCCUGGUGCCCCCCCUGGAGCUGGAGAGCAACGUGUCCCUGUGGCUGACGGCGGUCAGCCAGUACAAGGUGCGCGUCACCUUCUGCUCCUACUCCGUCAUGGAGAUGUGCACCAAAGGGCUGGGCUUGCAGACCGAGGCACUCCGGAUGCGGAACGUGAACCUGACGUGCGUGCGCACCUGCAUGGUGGUGGCGGAGGAGCGGCCCCGCAUCGCCCUCACGCAGUCCUUCUCCAAGAUCUUCAAGGACCUGGGCCUCUCUGCCCGGGCCGUCAGCACCACCUUCGGCUGCAGGGUCAACGUGGCCGUGUGCCUGCAGCCCAACAGGCUGGGGAAGCUGGCUGAGCAGGGUACCUCUGGUCCGGACCCCACCACCGUCUACCUGGACAUGCGAGCACUGCGCCAUGACAGGGUACGUCUGGUGGAGAGAGGGUCGCCCCACAGCCUCCCGCUGAUGGAAUCUGGAAAGAUCCUGCCUGGGGUGAAGGUGAUCAUAGCAAACACGGAGACUAAGGGACCCCUGGGAGAUUCGCACCUGGGAGAGGUCUGGGUGAGCAGCCCCCACAAUGCGUCGGGGUACUACACGGUGUACGGGGAGGAGGCGCUGCACGCGGACCACUUCAGCACCAAGCUGAGCUUCGGGGACACGCAGACGGUGUGGGCGCGCACCGGGUACCUGGGCUUCCUGCGGCGCACGGAGCUGACGGACGCCUGCGGAGAGCGGCACGACGCGCUGUACGUGGUGGGCUCCCUGGACGAGACUCUGGAGCUGAGGGGCAUGCGCUACCACCCCAUGGACAUCGAGACGUCCGUCAUCCGAUCGCACAAGAGCAUCGCCGAGUGUGCGGUGUUCACCUGGACCAACCUGCUGGUGGUGGUGGUGGAGCUGGGGGGCUCCGAGCAGGAGGCGCUGGACCUGGUGGCCCUGGUGACCAACGUGGUGCUGGAGGAGCACUACCUGAUCGUGGGCGUGGUGGUGGUGGUGGACCCCGGGGUCAUCCCCAUCAACUCCAGGGGGGAGAAGCAGCGCAUGCACCUGCGCGACGGCUUCCUGGCCGACCAGCUGGACCCCAUCUACGUGGCCUACAACAUGUGAGCGUCAGGGGGGUGGGGGGUGAUGGGAGAGGGACUCUGGCACCUGGGACGGGAGCGAGACAGGAGGAGGAGGAGGAGGAGGAGGAGGAGAAGGGCCAGAACUCUCCAGCAGGUCCGUCUCGGCGUGUUUCGGUUCGUAGAGGCCUCAUGCCGUGCGUCUCCUUCUGUUGCGACUCGCUCUUACCACGCUUUAUCCGCAAACCGCAUAGACACCCAUUUCCUGGUUGUGACUACAGGACGGGGACUACUGUGUAUGAUUGUGAUUGUUUCCUCACACCUAUCUGGCAGUAUUGCCCCAAAGCACACUGUCCUGGCACAGAGCCCUCCCCCUCCCCCGCUGCGGUGUUUGUCUGGGGUGGGGGGGGGCAUUUGGGAUGAGGGGCGUGCGGAUCCUCAUUGUGCCUCCUUUCGCUCGGCUCGGUGUUGACAUUCUUUUCUCGUUCUCUUGUUUGGAGUGUGGUUGAGAACAACAACAUAAAAAUGUCUAUGACUUAGCCAAUUAUGUGCUUGUUAAAAAAGUACAUUCAAUUUAUUUUUACUUUAUUUAAAAAAAAAGAAAUAACAUUCCUGUCCAUGUUUGCAUUUUUGUACAAAAGUUAUUCACAAAAACUUUAUGGAAAUAUAGUUUUGUGUAUUGUGUUUGUAUUUUUUUUCUUUUCCCAGAUACAAGAUGUAUGCAAAUUAAUUUUUAGAUGAGUGAAAUUAAUUUAUUUUUUAUUGACUGACCUUACUGUGCUUUUAAAAGAACAAAAUGCAAAAACAUUUUUACAUCGUUUCAUCUCUUUGAGUUGAGGGCACCUUACUCCAUUUCCUACAGCAUCCAUUAAGCAUUGUUUUCAUAAACCUUGCCUAGUGUUUUUGUCGAGCCUUAAUUCUUGUUGGGUGCCUAUCUUUUGCGUUCAUGUUUCUGCACAGUUUGUCCUGCAGGUUCCUCAGGUGUUUUUCAAGGGGCUGGAGGAUGCUUGAGCAUUAAGUCUUGGUGUACUGCAGACUAGUCAAAUUGAAUCUCAGCGCUGUGACUCAGCGCUAUGACUCAGCGCUGUGACUCGCUGGUCAAUGCAAGUUUUCAUGCCCAUUAGUGGAAUUUGCAACAAAUUCCAUUUCAGAGCACUGCUUGUUCAUCUUGGAAUUAUUUUUCUUGGAACUUGUAAUUAAAUAUAUCUUCAAAUUAUCCACCUGACUGCUGGAUCACUACUCUACUAAUUUAAGAGAGAUCAGAGAGAGAUGUAUCUAGAUUAAAUUACACGACUAAUGGUCAUCUGUUGAAUGCAUGCAAAAUUGAGGUUGUGUUGUUCCUAAAUAAGUUCCAUUUUGAAAGGAUCAAAGCCAGCGUUACACUAGUUGCUCUAAAAGAUUGAUUUUGCUAUUACUUUAGAUAUUACUACCUUCACAAAAAUGUAUGCCUUUCAGCCAACAUUAUAACGUGACGGAAUUCUGUGUAAACAACGUUAAUUCGGGUGACUGGGUGAAUCCGAAAAACGGGAAGAAAAUUAUCGCUGCUGGAUUUCAAAAUGGCACCUUAAUACUUCUCUGAAUUACCACCCGCAGUCUGUCUGAAUCUCUGGCUACACGCGUCGAGUUGUGAACCAGAGGGACUGAGUUAUGCAUAUUCAACCAUUGAGAUGAGUGAACCUGAUAUUUGAAGACCCCCUCUGAAGCUUCCUCUGAAGCCCGCGCUUUGCCCAAGCUUGUGUGCUCUGCUUGGAAAUGGGGAGUGAGCCUGCUGUGUUUCUGUACAGAUCUUGUGUAAGUUAUUUUUUGGAAUUCCAGGACUUCUGGGAAUUCCACAACUGGUUGUAGCAGCAAUUCCACGGAGCAGAAACGACUGAAUUUCCACAGAAUGGACUACCAGACUAACCAUACUUUUAAGUGUUACAGUUUUGUUUUAUAACCAGACAAGGAAGCAUACAUGGAUAAAUAUGUCUUGUAAUAUUUUGUAUUUGAGGGAGGGGGGAGGACAUUGAGAUGGGUUGCUUUUAGAGAAAAUAAAGCACAUUGAAA